AUUGUAACAACGAGCUUAGGUUGGCGUCUCUGAAGUAUUUAUGUACGUAUGCAUACCAUGUAUGAAUGUAUGAUGUAUGUAUAACUGUGUAUAUUCUCAUACUCCGAAAGGGGUCGACAGAAUAAAGUUUCAGUUUCAGUUUUCGGCUUUCACAAUAGCUCUUGCGAUCGUUAGCGAUCAUUUGGUUACAAUAUAUGUUGCACAGAAUCGCAACAGUUGUAAGCAGUCGCACCACCGAUUGUGAAAGGGGCUUAAAUUAGGCAACAUGGCAGCGUCUUCUUCUAGUGAAGGUCCAGGUUCUCGCGAUGGAAGUCGUACCAUCAUCUGGUGUGUACCCCGCACUGUCUCUACGGCGCUUUUAAAGUGUCUCAGCUUUAUUGAAGAUAUAGAAGUAUGGUUGGAACCUUUUGGCAACUGCAGAAGUACCCAAGUGCACGUUAAACAAAUGUAUGGAUUUGAACUACCGAACAAAUACGAAGGAAGUGAAGAGAUGUUCAAGGAUGUGGCCGAUAAAAUUAGAGCAUUUGGAUUGGGUACUAUUACCAAACCAGAAUAUCUAUCGUAUGCGUCCAUUGGUCAUCAGCUGGAAGAAUCAAGUAGCAGACACGUCUUGGUCAAAGAUAUGGCUCUCGCUGUUUCUCAUGAUCAGAAGAAGUUUAUCCCAAAAGGCUUCAAGCAUAUCUUCUUGAUACGCCAUCCUCUCCGUGUGUUCAACUCAACACGAAAAUCGACUUUCAACCAACUAUCAGCUCUGGGUCUACUAACCGGGGAAGCUGCAGUCGAAGAAACAUUCGACGUAGAUUACGGCUACCCAUAUGGAAACGGAUCAGCUUCGAUGAUCUUCAAAGACCUCUACGAUAUGUUGAAGUAUGUCCAAGAGGUGCUUGGUCAAGAAACGGUAAUCUUCGACAGCGAUGAAUUGCUGUCUAAUCCAUCUGUGAUGCUUCCGAAGAUAUGCCAUGCAGCAGGCCUGCCGUAUAAUGAAUCUCUCCUGAAAUGGGAUUCGUCUACCGAAGUGACAAAAAGCUGGAGGGUCCACGCCGAUGGUUUCGUUGACAAGAUCAUACACUUCUACGAAACCGCUAUUAAGAGCAGCGAAUUUUUGCCUUCUAGCAAGAUGCCAUCACGUGACGAGGUUAAGCCUGACGUCAUUAAAUGUACUGAUCUGGCUAUGAAAUACUAUAAUGAAAUGUACGAAGCGAGACUCAAGGUCUAGUUUCUGAUGAUGACCAUUUGCAGCGGGAGAGCGGGGGCAAGGGACAUCUCUCUAAACAAAUUUUAAGAAAAAAAUAUUGAAAAAAAAUGAAAUGCAAAGUUGUUUUGAAGUUCACAAGGAGAGCGCACCAAAGCUCGAUAUCUUAUAAAAAUCUAAAUUGUCCUCUCUAACAUGUACAAUUAUGUUGCCCCCCCCCCCGAGAAAAAAAACCGGCUGUACAUGUAUACGGCCACAAUACAGGGUGCGAAGUUCUCCAUUCCAUCUGUCAAUAUACUUAAUGUCAUCAAUUAAAUUCCAUAUAUUUUCACCCAUCAAAUACGAAGAAAAAAAAAACAAUUUAUAGGAAAAAUGUAAGGACUAGAAUGAUUGUCUAAUGAUUGUUGUUAAAUAUUAGGAUGACGAAGAUGCUCAUAAUGGUGAGUAAGAAUGAUAUGAAUAGCAGUAGCAGCGACAGUAGUAGUAGUAGUAGAACAGGUAGUAGAAGUAGUAUAGUAGUAGUAGUAGUAGUAGUAGUAUUAGUAGUAGCAGUAGUAGUAGUAGUAGUAGCAGCAGCAGCAGCAGCAAUAGUAGUAGUAGUAGUAGUAGCAGUAGUAGUAGUAGUAGUAGUAGUAGUAGUAGUAGUAGUAGUAGCAGUAGUAGUAGUAGUAGUAGUAGUAGUAGAGGUAGUAAUAGUAGUAGUAGUAGUAGUAGUAAUAGUAGCUGCAUAAGUAGUAGUAGCAGCAGUAGUAGUAGAGGUAGAAGUAUAAGUAGUAGUAGAAGAAGAAGUAGUAGUAGUACUAAUAGUAGUAAUAGUAGUAGUAGUAGUAGUAGUAGUAGUGGUAGAAGUAGUAGUAUAAUUAUUGCAUCACUAUCGCUGCUCAGAGGUGCGUUGCUGCGAAUGAAGUUUUUUUUAAUCAAAACAUAAUUCAUUGCAAUGUGGUAUAUUUUCUGGAGGAUUUGAAAAAGAAAAUAGAUGACAAGAGUUUGGUUCCAGAAAAAAAUGGAUUAGAAAUAAUAACAAUAAUAACAAUGGAUUCUUGUAAAGCGUAAACGUCUGCCAGGCAUGACGCUCAUGGCGCUAUGUACAAUCAUACCAAUACAUCUUAAUGUUAAUAAAAGCAUUUGCAUGUUAUUUGGGACUGGGACAAUGCUAUCUAAAUGUAAUACUUUAAAUGUAACUUUAUCUGGUAAACGUAUUGAUCAACGAAAUACUGUUAAAUAUAUGGGAAUGUACCUUGAUCCAAAGUUGAAAUGGAAUAUACAUAUUGACGAAAUGUGCACUAAAAUUAGUAAGGUAGUCAGUUUUCUGGCCCGUCUUAGACAUUUUAUAUCAGAAUCCAAUCUUAAGAUAGUUUACAAUUCUAUUAUCCUUCCACUUUUUGAUUAUGCAGAUAUUGUUUAUGAUUCGGCAAGCAAAAAAUACACUGACCGUUUGCAAAAAUCACAAAAUAAGACCGGACGUCUCAUUUUAAAAAUAAAUCCGUUUCAAACAAUGAUAUUCAUAUAAAAUUAGGAUGGCAGUCUCUCAAAUCAAGGCGUAAAUCACAUUUAAACAUAAUGGUAUACAAAUCCCUUCAUAACUUAGCCCCACCUUAUUUAGAAGAGUCUUUCCAAUAUUGUAAUUAUUCGUAUUCUCUCCGAUCGCAAGGAAAUAUUAAAAUUCCCAAACCC